CCCGUCCUCUCUCUCUAAACCCCUCCUCCUCCUUCUUGUCUUCCAAUCCCUGUCCUCUCUCUCUAAACCCCUCCUCCUCCUUCUUGUCUUCCAAUCCCUGUCCUCUCUCUCUAAACCCCUCCUCCUCCUUCUUGUCUUCCAAUCCCUGUCCUCUCUCUCUAAACCCCUCCUCCUCCUUCUUGUCUUCCAAUCCCCGUCCUCUCUCUCUAAACCCCUCCUCCUCCUUCUUGUCUUCCAAUCCCUGUCCUCUCUCUCUAAACCCCUCCUCCUCCUUCUUGUCUUCCAAUCCCUGUCCUCUCUCUCUAAACCCCUCCUCCUCCUUCUUGUCUUCCAAUCCCUGUCCUCUCUCUCUAAACCCCUCCUCCUCUUCCUUCUCUCUGUUCUCUAGAUGCAAGAUGCUAUGGGCUAUGAACUUCCCUGGGCCUAUUUUGUCAGUCUCGUCAUCUUUGGAUCCUUUUUCGUUCUAAAUCUGGUUCUGGGGGUGUUGAGCGGAGAGUUUUCCAAGGAGAGAGAGAAGGCCAAGGCCAGAGGAGACUUCCAGAAGCUGAGAGAGAAGCAACAGCUGGAGGAGGACCUGAAGGGUUAUCUCGACUGGAUCACACAGGCUGAAGACAUCGACCCAGAGAACGAGGAGGAGGGGCUCGACGAGGAGAAGCCCAGAAACCUGAGCAUGCCGGCCAGUGAGAAUGAGUCAGUGAAUACUGACGCCACUCCAGCAGGAGAUAUGGAGGGAGAGACCUGCUGUACCCGGCUAGCAAAUAGAAUCUCCAAAUCCAAGUUCAGGUUAGUACAUGUGAUGUCAUCACAUCGCAUUCUCUUUCUCUCUCUUUCUCUCUUUCUCUCU